AUGGCCCCGAAGAAAGACACCGUGCUUAAAAGGCAUGAGCCUCCAGGCAACCUUCCUGACCUCACCGAGCCCAACAAGGAGAAGUGGUCCAAGGAAUUCAUUUCAACCUGGAUGCAGGGUGAAAUCGAUGCUGAUCCCAAAAUUGUCGGGAAAGGUCGUACCCCGUUGACUCAAUUCUUCGACGGUACCAAGACACCCUUUAAUCCAGACGAUUCGCCGAAAGCCGUCGAAUGGAAUGCAUUUCCUAAAGUGAUCAGAAAUUCAUAUCAGAGCGAUGCCGUGCGGUGGGCGAUUGCAGAUUCUUCUCGUGUAGUCCAGGACGAGUAUUUGGAGUGGUCUGUUAGUCGAGGCGCCAGAAAGUACACUGGGGACAUCCACAGUGUGACCUUUACCGCUGAGGGACCCGAGUAUUGGCAAUUCCUCGCUAGUUGCCAGAAAGCCGACUUUCUCAAGCUGAUGAAAGACCUCAACUCUGGGUUUGCCAGUGACAUGGUGGACAGUGAUUUCUUUCUGAAGGACUACGAGACAGGAAACGAAGUAUACAAUCCAGCAAAUGUCUGGAAUCUACUCAGUACCACAGGCGCAAUCGCUCACUUAAUCCAGCCGAACAACACACUGUCCGCCGAGGUUGACAUCGCUGCACAGGCUACCGUCAUCCGCAAGAAUGACAAGGGCAAGACAAUCACAGACGCGGAUGAGCUGAUCAACUGUUCCAAGUACGGUAACCCAGGCAGAAACUCCGAUCCAUCGAUCGGAGCGGCUAUCAACUCGCUCGCUCGAGACGGCGCAAAUCUCACCGUGGCCGAGCCGGUUGCGCUGUACAUCCGAGAUUUCGACACGAGAAGCUUUAAGUUCGACAUGAACGGUACAAACGACGGCGCCCCGACUGAUCUCAAGGAUAUUGAAAAUCCAGAUAAGGUCUUCCGGUGGCAGCGUGGCGAUAUAAAAACCAAAGCUGGUCUCAGGAUCAAGAUUGAGGUGCCCAAGGGCCUAAAAGACAACAACAAGCAACCACUUCUCGUCAGUCACAUUUAUGACACCAACAAAAACUUGCAUAUCAAGUACGGGGCUCAAUUUGCCGACUACUUCACUAUGGGAGUCAGUGCCAUGGGUAUCGAUGGCACCACUGCCCAACCGCAAAACUGCUACGACCCUUCUAGCCAGACCGCUGGUUCUGUCAAGCCGUCUUGUGCGGAGUUCGAUGGCUUUGCUCAUCCUGGCUUAGCUGGUGCGCCUGGUUCGUCUCGUGCGUAG